CCGAGCAUCACCCUCCUGCGGCAAUGUUUGCAAACACAGAUGUGUCUAUAAUGAUCAAAAAUAAAAAAGCACAACAAAUACACUGACCCACCCAUACUACUUCCUGAAUCUCUCCCCUUCAACGGCCCCGCCGUCAAAACCAAGUCCUAAAGAUGAGUUAUCCAGGUUACCCUCCCUCCGGUGGCUACCCUCCCCAGGCAGGUGGCUACCCUCCCCAGGCAGGUGGCUACCCUCCCCAGGCAGGUGGCUACCCUCCCCAGGCAGGUGGCUACCCUCCCCAGGCAGGUGGCUACCCUCCCCAGGCAGGUGGUUACCCCCCACAACCGGGUGCAUAUCCCCCCCAAGCAGGAGGCUACCCACCCCAGGCCGGUGGCUACCCACCCCAGGCCAGCGGCUACCCAACCCAAGCCGGCGGCUACCCCCCCCAGGCAGGGGGCUACCCUCCCCAGCAGGCCGGAGGUUAUCCUUCCAUUCCUCCAGCACAAGGUGGUUGGGGUGGAGCCCCUGCUGGUGGAAUGCCAGGCGGAGGUAUGCCCCAGGGAUACCCAGGCGGUCCUGCUCCAUCUCCACCCCAGGGGUACCCAGGAGGCCCUGCCCCAGGACAGCAGCCCAUGCCUGGCUACCCUGGAGGAGCCCCGGCACCCAACCCCUCCAUGCCAGGAUACGGAGGUGGUGCUCCGGCUACUCCCCAUUCACCUGCCAUCAAUAGAGGCUACAGGGGUGCGAUAAAGGACCACCCAGGUGCUGACCCUCUGAGGGAUGUGGAAGUCCUCCGCAAGGCCAUGAAGGGCUUUGGCACGGAUGAGUCCGCUAUAAUUGAGCUUCUUGGAAGCCGCACCAGCAAGCAGAGGGUUCCAAUGGUUGCAGCCUACAAAACCACUUAUGGGAAGGAUUUAUUCCACGAUCUAAAGUCUGAGCUGACUGGGAGUUUUGAGAAGCUGGCUAUUGCCAUGUUGCAGACACCAGCCAAGUUCGAUGCAUCUGAACUCAAAGAAGCCAUAUCGGGUGCAGGUACUGAUGAAGCAUGUCUGAUUGAGAUCCUGUCAUCUCGCUCCAAUGCAGAAAUCAGAGAAAUCAAUCAAAUUUACAAACAUGAGUAUGGUAAGACCCUAGAGGAUUCCAUUAGUAACGACACCUCAGGACACUUCCGUAGGCUCCUCGUCUCACUCUGUCAGGGAAAUCGAGAUGAGAGGGAACAAGUGGACAUCAACAUGGCCAAACAGGAUGCUCAGAAACUGUAUGCUGCCGGGGAGAACAAAGUGGGGACGGAUGAGUCCCAGUUCAACGCCAUACUGUGUGCCAGGAGCAAACCCCACCUGAGAGCAGUGUUCCAUGAGUACCAACAGAUGUGUGGCAGAGACAUCGUGAAGAGCAUUUGCAGGGAGAUGUCUGGAGACGUGGAGGAUGGCAUGGUGGCUGUUGUGAAAUGCAUCAGGAACACUCCUGAAUACUUUGCAGAGAGGCUUCACAAGGCCAUGGCGGGGGCUGGGACCAAGGACAGGACUCUGAUUCGGGUCAUGGUGACUCGCUCUGAGGUGGACAUGCUGGACAUCAGACAGGUGUAUCAGCAGACCUAUGGGAAAUCACUGUACACCGCCAUCUCUGGUGAUACCUCUGGUGACUACAAGAAGAUGCUGCUGAAGCUGUGUGGUGGAAGUGAUUAGAGGGAAAUUAAGACAUCAUCAACCAGGACAGUGAAGUCAUAGAAUUAGAAUGAGAAUAUUUAAAUUCAGAGGUGCUAUGGCCGUUCUAUUUCUAUGAGUGUGCUAGUCCAUAAGAAUAUGCCAGACACGAUCCUAUAUCAACCUGUGAUGCAUGUCCUUAUUUUAGCCUUACUUGUGUCUCACACUCCAAUGCAACAUUUCAUUACUAACUACUAACACACACAACAUAAUGUACUAAACAAUAUAUGCAAGAUAAUUAUUUUCUUUGCUGCAUAUGCAAUCAGUUAUUGUGUAGUCUUGAUACAUUUUCACAGUGAUGGAAAAAGUCCCCAAUUGUCACACUUGAUUAAAAGUAAAGAUCCCAUAAUAGAAAAAGUAUUUUUACUUAAGUACUUUACACCACUGCAUUUUCAAACGUUUUUUUUUAUCAUGAUAUGUGUAAUCAUAUUUCAUGUUAUCAGGAUAGUAUCAUUGUAUACUAAAAUACAGUACUAUAAUUUACAAAUGAUUAGCUUUCUGCCAAAAACGAAAUAUAUAUUAAUAUUUCUGGAUGUUAGUCUUUGUGUAAACACGUGCAAAUAUUGUAUGAGAUUUAGAUACAACAUUUUGUAUAUCUUAAGUAUCCUAGAGUUUUAUUGCUGACUACUACUAUAUUCUAUGCAAAUUAGCACCUUGUUACAUUUAGAAUGAAAGCCAAUAAUAAUGAAAUAUCACUACACAUUUUCCCCCCCAAUUUUUCUCUGUUAGUGACACCUUUUAUUAAUGUUGGCAAUUUUCCAUUGCUUGUUUCCCAGAUAUAAACACAAUGUUGCCUUUUAUGCUGCAGACCCAAAACCCGCCAUGGCAUGCAACUCUUUCAAUCUUAUACCAUCUAUUUUGAAAGCUAUUUAGUUCCACACAAGUCAAUAUUUGUUUCUCAUGUAAUCUUUCAUUGCCAUAUUUACCAUAAUUUGAAUGUAAGUAAUUGUGCAACUGUUUGCCAAAAGUGAAACAUUUCUUCAUUACAUAGGUAUCUAUAACCGGUAUACAUGUAGUAAAAUGUUAUGCCAGUAGAGAGCAGGUUUUAUACACAAGUGAAAUUGGCAAUGGAUCCACUGAGACAUGGUAACUGGAAAAUGAUCAAUUCUGGCUCAGUAUAUAGCUAUUAUAUUAAUACCACUUUUGUUACUUGUCACAAUGCCCCAAAAGUGCUGCCUUUGUAUGUACAAACUAACGUUUAUAAUCAUUUUAUUGUUGUAAUGUUCAUCCACAGGCUUAUAACGGCAUCCUUCGUGUCAAUUAAAAUAUUUUGACUGA